GCAGCGCGGAUCGAUAACGGAGUCAAGAGCAGCGGAAGAAGGCGCUGCGGACAAAUUUCGACACACAAAAUUUUUGUAUCCCCAAAAAGUUGAACAAAAAAUCUGCAAAAAUAAAUUCAGCCCCCGACUUUAAACAAAAACGCGCCGCGACAAAAGGCAAUCCCGUGUCGUUACAUAAAAUAAAAGCCAAUGAAGAUAAAAGAAUAAUUGUGUAAUUGAAAAAUCACAGUGUGUGCAAAAAAUCGUAUAUAAUCAAUAGUUUUCAAUCGAUACGCAUAAAUAACUGAUUGGUUAUCUGCAUGAAGGAAUAAUCCCCCUAUCUGGGGCCUGUGAAAACGGUUCGCUUCUUGUGGUCUUGGAAAAUUUUUCGCCUACAUUCUCGACAUGCAGUGAAAAAUUUUUCCGAUUUUUAGUAUGUACAUGUACGUUGGAGCGCUCGUGGGCGCCACAGGCUCGGGUGGCAGGGGUUUCCGUAUCCGGAAAGCUUUUGGCCCCACAACCACCGUCGCUUCUAGUAUCACAACAGUUGUCUGACACGGUCUGGACGCGAUGCAAAGUUCCCGUUCGUAAUUAGUUGGCCAAAUUAAGUGGGAAAAUCAGUGAAUUAAUCGAAAUGACAAAAACUCAAAGUGCAGGACAUUUAAAACCAGGAAAUCCGAAGCAAUAAUCAGUGCAGUUACGUUAACAGCGACCGAGCACCGUUAACAGCCGCAGCCAACUUCGCCUCUUUACUCUCGCGCGCUCUCCGGAUAAAAGCUGCAGGCGCGGAUAAAACGAUUCCCGAGUAACACCAACACAAGGACACUCGCCGCAGGAAGGACGGGAAAAAGCUCUCGCUCAAGGACUGGAAUACGCGAAAGGAGAGAGAGAAAGACGCGAACAAAGCGACACUUUACGUUUACGCGCGCAACGUGCGUAGGUGCCUCUGUGUGGGUGAGGCGAGCGUGUGACUGUGUGCGUGUGCGUAUCCUUGCGCGUGUACGUUGUGCGUGUGAAUGAAGGCGCCAAGUGCAACAUAUCAGGACUCCGCCAUUAUUGAGAACCAUGCUCCUGCGUCAGUGACGACAGCCAAGCCACCGAUUAUGGACAAGGAACACGCUAGUCCGGCGGAGCUCCGGCUCCUGCCCACCCACGCCUCCGCCUCCUUUGCCUGCCCGGACUUGCGGUUUAACAAGGCGCGCCGCCGGCGGAGAAGCGAUUCAGCAGUGCCUCCCGUGGUGGUGGAAUACCGUCGCUCCUACCGCGUCCUUAUCGUCAGCGCCCUGCUGGUCAGCUUAGCGGCCAGCUUCGUGACCCUCAGCGCCGGCUUCCAAUUGGACGGGUCCCAGAGCUCCUUCUACACCUUUCGCAAGUGGUACACCGGCCUGAACGGCACCCUAGAGCUGGAGUUCAAGACGGAGCAGCCCAACGGACUGGUACUCUACACCGACGACGGCGGCACUUACGACUUCUUCGAGCUUAAGCUCGUCGAAGGCGCCCUCCGGCUGAGAUAUAAUCUGGGCGGAGGAGCCCAGAUCAUUACCGUGGGCCGGGAGCUGCACGAUGGUCACUGGCACAAGGUGCAGGUGCUGCGCAACGAUGAGCAGACCUCGCUCAUAGUCGACGGCGUCUCCCAACAGCGAUCUACCAAGGGCAAGGAGUUCCAGUUCGGAAAGUUCGCCAGCAACUCGGAUGUGUAUGUGGGCGGCAUGCCCAACUGGUACAGCAGCAAGCUGGCGCUGCUCGCCCUGCCCAGCGUCAUCUUCGAGCCGCGCUUCCGGGGCGCCAUCCGGAACCUGGUGUACGCGGAUCAGCCAGGCGGCUCCACACGGCGUCAGGAGAUCAAGCAGCCGCGCGAUAUCAAGUGUGGCGACGUGCCCUGCGACCAUGGAGAGCUGCCCGCCCGCGAGAGGCCUUUAAGGGGUGUUCGGGGCAACACAACGGAUGCCUGCGAGCGGAACGAUCCAUGUCAGCACGGCGGCAUCUGCAUAUCCACUGAUUCCGGUCCAAUUUGCGAGUGUCGAAACCUCGAGUACGAUGGCCAGUAUUGUGAGAAGGAGAAGGCGCCAUCGGAAGCAACGUUCCGCGGUACACAGUUCCUCUCGUACGACUUGGGCCAGACGGGCGCCGAGCCGAUAGUGAGUGCCCAGGAUGCCAUAUCCUUCUACUUCCGCACCCGCCAGCCCAACGGCCUGCUCUUCUACACGGGACACGGCACUGACUAUCUGAACUUGGCCCUGCGUGAUGGAGGCGUCUCUCUGACAAUGGGACUGGCCAACGGAAAACAGGAGAUGCACAUUAAGCCUUCGAAGGUGCGCUUUGAUGAUCAUCAGUGGCACAAGGUCACCGUGCACCGUCGCAUCCAGGAGAUCUCCUCCAUCACCAGCUUCUGUCGGCUGGUCACCGUGGUGGACGACGUAUACACGGAUCACUCGCACAUCGCUGGAAAAUUCACCAUGCUAUCCUCGUCGCGUGUCUAUGUGGGCGGUGCAGUCAAUCCGAGGGCUCUCCUGGGAGCCCGUGUCCACAACAACUUUGUGGGUUGCCUGCGGAAGGUGGAGUUCUCGGCAGACACUUUGAAUCUGAACCUAAUAGACCUGGCCAAGAGCGGCUCCAAGCUCAUCCAAGUGGCUGGCAACUUGGAGUACCAGUGCCCCAGCGGUGACCCCCAGGACCCUGUGACCUUCACCACCCGCGAGUCCCAUCUGGUCUUGCCUCCCUGGGAAACUGGCAAGCAGAGUUCCAUCAGCUUCAAGUUCCGGACUAAGGAACCCAACGGUAUCAUCGUCCUGGCAACCGGAUCCAAGCAACCACGAGCUAAGAACCCCGUUUUGAUCGCGAUUGAACUGCUGAAUGGCCACAUAUACAUCCACCUGGACCUGGGAUCCGGGGCGUCCAAGGUGCGAGCCUCAAGGCGUCGCGUGGACGAUGGCGACUGGCACGACCUGAUUCUCCGGAGAAAUGGACGCGACGCCAAGGUGAGCGUGGACGGGGUAUGGAACGAUUUCCGCACGCCCGGCGACGGAACCAUCCUCGAGCUGGACGGGCACAUGUACCUGGGCGGCGUGGGACCCGCAUACAACAGCGUGGCCUGGCCGGCGGCCAUUUGGACCGCCACUUUGCGCCAGGGAUUCGUGGGCUGCUUGCGUGACCUGGUGCUGAGUGGCAAGGCGAUCGAUAUAGCGGCUUUUGCACGCGUCCAGGACUCGGCCUCCGUGAAGCCCUCGUGCCACGUUCAGAGCAACGUUUGCAACGGAAAUCCCUGUCUGAACGGCGGCACCUGCCUGGAGGGCUGGAACCGCCCCAUCUGCGACUGCUCGGCUACUCUGUACGGCGGACCCACCUGCGGCCGGGAGCUGGCCACGCUGGCCUUCAACGGCAGCCAGCACAUGACCAUUUGGCUGGGCAAUGGACAGGGCACCAAGACGCAGACCGAAGAGCUGGUCAUUCGCUUCAAGACCUCGCGCCCUGCCGGACUUUUGCUGCUGACCAGCGCUGAGUCCAAUUCGCCGGAUCGGUUGGAGAUUGCUCUCGUGGCGGGAAGGGUGCGGGCCAGUGUCCGGCUGAGCGACAGGGAGAAGAACCUGCUGGCCGGCCAGUCGGUGCUCAACGACAACAACUGGCACACGAUCCGCUUCUCGCGCAGAGCCUCCAAUCUGCGGCUACAAGUCGACGGGGCUCCCCCCGUCAGGGGUAUGUUAUCCGAGACAAUCCUGGGGCGCCACAGCACCAUGGAGAUCCGCUCGAUCCACCUGGGCGGGCUCUUCCAUGCCGAGGAGGAGAUCCAGAUGACCUCGACGAUGCCGAACUUCGUCGGCCAGAUGCAGGGCCUGGUGUUCAACGGGCAGCGUUAUCUGGACAUAGUCAAGAGCCUGGGACCAGAGCUCUCGGCCUUGCCCAGCGCCACCUUCAAGCUGACUGCGCGCUUCGUGAACUCCCCGGCCGGUCAGCCCUACCACGCGGCCACCUUCCGCUCCAAGCACUCCUACGUGGGCCUGGCCAUGCUGAAGGCCUACAACAGCAUCUCGAUUGACUUCCGUUUCAAGACCGUGGAGCCCAAUGGUUUGUUGGUCUUCAACGGAGGGCGGCGCAGUGACUUCGUGGCAGUGGAACUGGUGAAUGGGCACAUUCACUACACCUUCGACCUGGGCGACGGACCGGUGACCAUGCGGGACAAGUCUCGCAUCCACAUGAACGACAACCGCUGGCACCAGGUCAGCAUCCGGCGACCUGGGCCCAAGACCCACACCCUCACCGUGGACGAUUCGUUUGAGAUCGUUAGCCUGACCGGCAAUAAUAUGCAUUUGGAGCUGGCGGGCAUCCUGUACAUCGGCGGCGUCUUCAAGGACAUGUACGCCAAGCUGCCGGCCUCGAUCUCGUCGCGAUCCGGUUUCGAGGGCUGUCUGUCCUCUCUAGAUUUGGGCGACGCCUCGCCAUCGCUCACUAGCGAUGCUGUGGUGCCCAGUUCCCUAGUGGUCAGUGGCUGCGAGGGACCCACAAAGUGCAGCCAGAACGCGUGUGCCAAUAGGGGAAUCUGUGUGCAGCAGUGGAACGCCUAUGCCUGCGAGUGUGACAUGACAUCCUACACAGGACCCACGUGCUAUGAUGAAUCCAUUGCCUAUGAGUUUGGCAACAACAAGGGCAUGGUACAGUACACCUUCCCGGAGAACGCGCAGGCCGACACCGAGGAGGAUAAUAUCGCCUUGGGCUUCAUCACCACCAGACCGGACGCAGUGCUCUUGCGGGUGGAGAGUCACACCACCCAGGACUACAUGGAGCUAGAGAUUGUCGAGGGGAACAUCUUUAUGGUGUACAAUAUUGGCAGCGUGGACCUGCCGUUGGGCGAGAUCGGCACAAAGGUGAACGAUAAUGCCUACCACGUGGUGAGGUUCCAGCGCAAGGGAGGCAAUGCCACACUCCAGCUGGAUGACUACAAUGUGCAGGCCCUGACGCCGCAGAGCCACCACUCUACCGUGUUCAAUACCAUGUCCAACGUCCAGGUCGGCGGCAAAUUCAGCCGCAACGGCCGCAGUCGAAUCGAGCGGCCGUUCGCUGGCGUAAUUGCCGGACUGUCGGUGAACAAGUUGCGAAUCCUGGACUUGGCCGUCGAGCGCGACCCCCAUAUCACCAUCCGCGGAGAUGUUCAAUUGGUAACUGGAGUAUUAGAUAGAAAUGAUCUGCAGAGAAUGCAGCAGACGCCGGCGAGUGGUUUCCCCGGUGCCUUAGACGAUCUGAUAUUCUCUGGAGCCGGGUCAGGGUGUCGCGGCGACGACGAGGACGAGUGCACGCCGCCCUUCGAGUCGGGCAGCGGCGAUGACCUAAUCACGCCCGUCUAUGUGCCGCCCACCAAGCAAACGACCACCUCGCAGCAGGGCAAUAGUCUGAGCACCGGCGGCAGCGGUGGCAAUACCAAUGGCACAGAGAGAGCCUGCGACGACGAGGACUGCGUCCAUGGAUCCGGUGAUUAUGGCGAGACCACGGAGCAGUUCACAUCAACGAGCACGGCCAGGGGAGCGGGUGCAGAGUCCAACAAUGAGAUGGUCACGAUAACCACCACCGGACGCAGCGAUGUCACUACGGAGCAGCAGCAACAUGGUAGCAGCAGCAGCAGCAGUGGAAGCACUCCGUCCUACGCCACCACCCAGUCCAGCAGCAGCAGCAGCAGCAGUAGCUCCGGCGGAGGAAGUAGCACUCCUGGGCAGCCAAGCACCACCAGCAGCGCCGCUACUACUUCUACGCAGCGAGCCACCAGCAGCAGCACCAGUACGAGCACGACUACGUCCACUACGACCACGACAACCACUACAACUCAGGCCACGCCGUCGCCGGAUGUCCGGAACACGGUCACUGAGCGGGAAACUACGCCGUAUGACGUGUACAACGCAGGCAUGGGCGGUUCUGGGCGCAACGAUCACGAUCGCAUGCAACUGCCGGACGAGCAUCUUCCACCGCCUCCGCCACCGCUGCCGCCGCAGGAAUCGCCACCCUACGGACCCUAUGGCGGCAACACCUACAACACCAAUCUGAACAACUACCGGCCAAAGGGCAAAGGCGGCCGAAUAAACUCCAUCGAGGAGGAGCGCACAGCCAUGAUCAUUGGCAUCGUGGCUGGCAUCCUCAUCGCCGUGGUGCUGGUUAUUCUGCUGGUCCUGUGGCUCAAGUCCAACGGAGAUCGUGGCUACAAGACGGAGAGCGAGAAGGCGGCAGCCUACGGCUCCCACAAUCCGAAUGCGGCGCUCCUGGGUAAUACCAGCACAAAUGGCUCCUACCACCAGCAGCGGCAGCACCAUCACCAAGGCGGAGGCGGAUCCGGGCAGCAGCAGCACCAUGGCCAGCAGCAGAUGCACAAUGGACACAACGGGAACGGAAAUGGAGGUGGCGGUGGCGGCGGCGGCGGUAUGAUGUCCAGCGGUAGUGGGUCACUGGGCUACGGCAGCGAUGGCCGGCCCCAGAUGGCGGGACUGGUGCAGCCCAAGGCCAAGAAGCGCGACUCCAAGGACGUCAAGGAGUGGUAUGUGUAAGGCGUCUGGGUCGGGAGGAAUUAUCGUCAAAUUAGCAAUAAAAUGCAAUUAGUGCAAGGCCGAAAGCCGAAGUGAAUGUCCCCCUAAGAUACACACACGCAUAACGUAUAUAUAUGAAUAUAUAUUUAUUUAGCAGCCUCAUAACGUUAAUUAGACGCAGACACAGUCGACGACACUUGGAUCGAGACCGAGACGAGAGUGUACAAAUGAAUGGAAGGAUAAUAAGGGUGCAAUAAGCUGAUAAGAUAACAAGUUAGCGGCAAGCAGAUAGACACGCAAAUACUUUAGCCGACAGCAUCCGGUAACGUUUAGAUUACGCCUAAGAAAUUAUAGCUUCAACUCAAGACUUGCGAAUAACUCUAGCACGCGAGUGCGGCCACAACCAUCAGCGAAUAAGCAUAUAAAAUACACUAAACGAGUAAACUAUAUAUAUAUUAUAUAUAUCACAGCGUUAUGAUAAAUUAUGCCACUAGCCAAUCAAGUAAUUGUGUAAAAUAUUUCGCCACAAAGUAUGCUACGAGCAAGUACGAAGGAUCGAAGCCCCCAUUAAACUGCAAGUCCUCUAGCGAAUCCACUAAACAAUUUAGCAGAAAUUCAGCAAUGUAAACGUAAAGUUAUGGUAAAUGCUAGUGGGGUCUAUUCUUUGCCUAGGCAGCGUGUAAAGUUACAAAAUAUGUGGUGCUGUAGACGUACGAGACAGGAUAUAGUCUGUCGACUACAAUAAUAUGAUAAUGAUGAGGAUGGGUGCAAGAAUUAAUGCUACGGAUUGUUUGUUGAAUUGAAAGCGGCUUUAAUUAGUUAAAAUGUAAAUGAUAUAAACUAAAGGAUAACUAACUAUGGAGAAUCAAACAGACACUGCAGUAGUUACCCCCACGAUUUGAUUUGGUUGACGUAAACGUGAUGCGACUUUUUCGUUUGCGUGCAGCAACUCGAUGCGAAUUUUGGUUAGUCCCAAUUCCUCAACUCCCGAGCCCAAAACACAUAUACUUUUUAUAUGUAUUUGAGACUAAAUAUUGUCAUCGCCUUGCAUGCAAUAUGAACUCAGACAUAUCAAGUGACAAGACAAGACACCACACACACACACACACACACACACACACGCAUUAGGCACACGCUACACACACUACACACACUCUAGGACACUGAAGCGAACCUACCUAGCUUUUCUACAACAACAACUGCUAUUCAAUGUGAGCGAAAAUUACUUUACCGACAACAAAAACCAAAAACGAGGAGAACAUGCAACAAUUUUACAGUAUUAUAGCAGCUUUAAGCGUAUUUUUCGAAGCCAACGUGACGUAUACACAAUCAGCAGUCACCGGAACACUCACACUCACACGCUUACACCCACACAGACGCAUACAGGGAUGCCACAGAACUUGCCAACGGUGAUUCAUGUGCCCCUCCUUAUAGAGAUGAAGCGAGAUUCGACCUUCUGCAAGCCGCCAUUUGGUAAUUGAAUUCAGUAUCCAAUAAUAUCACAAAUAUCAUUUUAAUGCGCUAUACUCAAAUUUUUGCUUCACUAUAAAUACAUAAAUUAGUGUAUCAUUUUGGAUUAAAUAUACAAAGGACUAUAUACACUCGAUAUACUUACUAAUACACGCACACUCACCAUUCACAAUUCACAUACACACACACCCCCGAUCUCACUCACACCCUCACGCGUUUUGAACACCAGCGAAAUUACUGGACAUACUUCUCUGAAAUUCUUAAUGGAAACCAAGGCGAGGUAUGCUGUAUAUACCUAGGAAAGUACUAUAUAUUAACAAGAAUAUAUAUAUAUAUAUUUAACAACUAAAAUACAUAUAUACUGCAUUUCAAGAAACUUUUGAUAUAUUUUCGAGUUUUUUAAACCCUUAACUUGUAUACAAAGAACGAGGAAGAAAGGCGAAAGCGUAUGUAGGGAAGGCAGACAAACUAGCGAAUCUAGCUGAAAUGAACACCUAGGACAAUUACAAUUACAAGUACAUAGCGAAACACGUACACGGACAUAACUAUAUAUAUAUAUAUAUUAUACAAGACAUACACGCUACAUCCAAACUAUACUAUUUAUAAAUGUACAUCUAUACAACAUAUACACGCAUACGAUAUAACUACGAGUAUAAUUAUAACGAAACAAUUAUUAUUAUGCAUUACGUACGUCCCUUCGAUUUGAUAAUGAAUCCAAACGAGUAACGAGUAACGACAAAUUUUAAACGCUGUUGAUAACCAAAACAACCAUUCCCACUUAUCUAUGUAACACUUUCUCCCAAACGGCUACGACAACUCUUUCUCUCUAUCUCUUCACAAUGUUAAUGCUGCACAAGGAAAACUCUGCAUUUAAACUAAACCACAAAGUUUAUUCAUUUCGAUUCAAGAGGAAACCAAACGAAAACCAAAACCAAAUUAAAUAUAUAACUAAUUAUACAAAUUUGCCUUGCGAUUUAUCAGAGAGCACACACUCACACAAGAAUUCAAAGGGAACUUCGAAUAUCCGCCCCGGCUAACUCUCUUCAUUGUGUUUCCACAAAUUAAUUACAAGGUAUUUAUCCGAAAUCGAUGAAAACAAAAUAAAAGCAACACUUGAGGCAAGGUAAAUGUUAUGUAUGAUAUAGUGACUGGGGAGCGUAGAGGACGAGUACAGUUAGUUGUAUGUGUAACAGUAACAUAGUUAAAGCAUGUAACGUAAUAGUUCAAGGAUCGGAAGCGACGUGGAAGCGCAGGUGCCGGGCAGAUGAUAGCAAGGAACGAUCGCCAGUAUCGGUACUAAAACUUACUUCUACUUAGGCUUAAUAUCAUUGUUAUCUAAUCUAUACAUAAAUAUAUAAACCGAAACACAACACCCACAUAUAACAAAGAAUAUGUAUUGGACGCGCAGCGCUUGAGCUGUGCCUACUUAUAAAUAUAUAUUUAACAAAUUGUAUCGUGUAUGUAUAUGUAGCGGCAGUGAUUGUUAAAGAAAUUGCUUUGUUUUGUGUUAGAUUUUUUAAUUUACGAGAAAGAAAACCCAAAGAACAAAAUUGUAAAACGCAUACAAAUACAGAAUGACUGACAAAACACAGAAUUAUAACAUUGCAUAUAAUAAAUAUA